ACAGUCACCUUGUUGAAAAGCGGCGGACAUUUUGAGAAGGAGGCUUUAUUUUCGUUUCAGUGAAAAUAAUACCAAAAAAAUGAACAACUAAGCGCGUUUUCGGUGCGGUUCGGAUGGCGUGCAAUCUACUUCGCGGUGCAACGGAACGAUAGACGUGUUUUGGUGCGUGCAGUGCGGGUGGUGCGGGAACAAGAAUCUGUGAUUAAAGGAACGCGCAAGGAAAGAAGAAAAAAACACAUCCUCCCAAGCCCCUCGCGGCUGGAUCUCCUUGAACAAGAGUGUUCGCAAGCAGGGGGAGGAAGAAGCUCGGCUGGUGUGUCUGUCGGUGCCCUUCCCCGGGAAGAUCGAGGAGCAAGGUGCCAUUAGCAGAUUACGAAUGCUCCCGGCAGCGCCGCACGAUGCGUGCGUUGGUAAAAGAUGCGUAAAAGUGCUUCGCGCCAAACAGAGCAAUCACAGUGAACCCAAACAAAAGCGAAGAGAAGGAGAAACAACCGCCCAGUAGCGAGUAGCAGCACUCCUCCCACCAAACAUACUCUACCCCAACGCCAGUGCAACGUGCCGUGAUGGAUCCCGUCGGACCGUGGUCGUACUCGUACAAUCGAAUACCGGGCGCAACGGGUGGCGAGUUCCAUCAUCAUCUUGCGACCGCAGCGGCUGCCGCCAGCGGAACGGCCGGACUGACGGCGGCCGUGCAUCACAACGCGGCCGGCACCGGCACGGUCGGUGUACCCUCCACCACGUCCCAGCUGUUGCUGCAAGCCGCCCACACAACCUCCCUCGGCUCCACGAGCGGACCGUUCAACCCGACCGGCUUCCUAACGCCGACCGGCGUGGCAGGGUACGAUGCCGUGUUUUCGCCCCUGUUUCACCAUGCAGCGGCGGCCGGCAAUCCAAAACCGGCCCACUACAGCACGACCAGCGGUGGUGUGGCCGGCAACAGUGUCUCGGUCGGAAGCAGCGGCGGAUUGAACACACCCCACCGGCAGGUGCUGAUACAGGCGCAGACACCCGGAGCGGCGAUAGCGGCAGCUGCCGCAGCGGCCAACGCCGCGUCCAAGCAGCACACGGAAAGCUUGCGCGACAAUUACGCGUCGACGACGGCGGCGGUGGCAGUGGCCGCACAGCAUCAGCAGAAUUUGGUGACAUUUUUCGAGCAGCAGGCGGCGGCCUCCCACACCAGCACGCUCAGCAAUGGGCCGAACACGACGGUGGCUGCGAGCACCUGGCAGGGCAACAACAACCAGCUGCCCAGUCCGUUUGGCAUUAUGCCGCACGAGAACGUGCUGCCGUCGAGCCCGUCGGCCAAUGCCAAUGCAGUGAGUGGUGCCACGACGGCAGCGACGAAGUACGAAACGUUCGGCAGUCACUACAACAACACACUGCAGCAUCACCAGCAGCAACAGCAGCAGCAGCAACAACAGCAGCAGCAGCAGCAGCAGCAGCAGCAGCAGCAGCAAUUGGUGUCCAUUGUGGGGAAAGUAGCGGCCGGUUCAUCCGCCGCACGAUCCGCCUCCCCGGUGGUGAACGUGGUGACGAAACCGGUCGGACAACCGCCAUCGAACCAUGCCACGGCUGGCUACUUUCCGUCGCACGGUGGCACCAGCAACACUAGCAGCACCAACCCGUACGAAUCGGCACACCAAUCGAGCGGCGGAUCAUCGUCCACCUACUCUGCGGCCCAGGGAAGCAGCGGCGUCGGUGCUACAAGUAAGUCUUGUCCUCCACCCAGCGACGGUGUUGGUCGCGAUUCGUCUUCGCUCCUGUCAGCCGGCUCGGGUGCAGCUGCAUCCGCCCGUACAGCGGUGGCCGACUACAAGUUCGCGUCCGUUCUCUCCUCCCCAUUGUCUCUGUCUUCGUCGGCCACGGUUGAAGCGAGCACGGCGCUCUACGCUUCGUCCCGUGCAUCGAAUGCAGACGCGACCCUCAAGGGAAGGCAACACAAUUCGCCCGGUGUAUUGCAGCACCAUCCGCAGCAGCAGCAGCAGACACAGCAGCAGCAACAGCAGCAGCACCUGCCCUUUCAGCAUCACCCACUAAACCACUUUAGUAUGCCCCGGUCGACGACAGCGGACCAUUCGCCAACGUCGAUCCUCCAGUUCGGGGGCAGCAAGGUACGAUCGUCCCCCUCGUUAGGUUCUCCCUCGUACGGGGGAGGCAAAACGGCCUCCCAAGUGAUACUGAGCCAGCAGCCACAAUCCUCACCGAUUAGCUACUCGAUGACGGACAACAAUCUGCAGCAGCAGCAGCCGAAACUAAACCGUAUAAACGGAACCGGGUCUAGCAGUAAUAGUAGUAGCAAUAAUAAUAGUAGUACGAAUAGUAGCAAUAGCAAUACGAGCGCGCAGUCUCAGCCGGCAUCGCAACAGCAGCAGCAGCAGCAGCAACAAUCUUCCUACCAGCAGAACAGAACCAGUGCCUCACUUAGCUAUAGGUCCACCACAUCCUCUUCUUCCGCUUCGGCAGGGUCGGGUAGCUAUGGGGUAGGGAGCUUGGGAGAGUCGACCAGUCCCGGGGUGGUGCAUGCCGCGCUCGGUGCAGGAGGAGAAGCCAGCCACCACCACCAACAACAGUCCCUACAGCAGCAACAGCAGCAGCAACAAUCGUACCAUCAUCCGCAUGUGCAUCCUCACGGACCUUAUCACAUGCUGGCGAUGGCUGCGGCUGCUGCUGCCGCUGCCGCUGCUGCCGCCACGAAUGCGAACGGGAUGGGCAUCUCUUCCUCCACCGGUGCGUCGGCACUUUCGCGCGUUCCGUCCUCCUCGCCAGCCGCCGGAUCUACCUCGUCCACUUCGUCCGGUGUUUCUUCCGACUAUUCCUCGCCUUCCUCGUGCAACAGUAAUCCCCCCAGGAAAGGUUCGCCCGGUGUAGGGACGCAGCCAGGGUAUGGUUCCAUUUAUCUGUCGCUACCCGGUGGGGCUAGCGCGUUGCAACAACACCAUCAGCAGCAACACUCUUUUACGUUGGAUCAAUCGAAAAGUGACGCGCACAGUCAGCAGCAGCAGCAAAUUGCGUACCCUUCUGUAAUCACUCGAACGCAACAAUCUCUUCCAACCGCACACCAAUCGCUGGAAGGUCAGUGGGAGUCGUCCGCGGAAACUAAACACGAUCCGAUGGCAAUGGUAAAGAACCUACAGCGGCCUAUGCUAGAGGAAUCCCAGGCUGCCAGUAAAGAACCUUCAGAGCUAUCGAAAUCUUCCAAAAGCUCUCGCACCACCAAUACAAACAAAUCGAGACGGAAAAAGAACGAAAUAUCUUCCUCGCCCACUCGGCAAAGUGGGCUGAAAGUGAACGGAAUGGAUCAACUGACUCAAGCGGAACAGGAAGCAACAGCGGCAUCUUCCCAGCAUGAACUUCAGCGAAAUGAUCGUGUCUCGAUCAAGAGUGAACAUGACACGUCCGACGGUCCCGACCAGCGAUGGCACUAUGGAGCGUCGUCCCACGAUGGUAGUGUCGGCUUUUCGGUUCCCACCAGCUCGCCCUCGACGGUUUCGUCCGCUUUCUUUCCCACUUCGCCCCACUCACAUCAUCUGUACUAUCCUCACCAUCAUCAUCACCAUCCUCUUGGGACGUCCUUGACUCCACUCACUCCCUCCACCAGUCACCAUCUUCACAGUGGAGGUGCUUCCCAGCCGGUGGGUAGCGCGACCUCCUCUUCCUCUUCCCAGUAUACGACACUCCUGAACGUACCGCAGCUCCCUGGGGGACACCACGAGGCGGCUAGGAGCGAAGACGAACGGCACCGACUGACUGCACAGUCGCAAGCGCACGACAAGGUAGUCGUGCCCAAUAUAGAGGAAGAACUUGGCUUUCUUGCAGAACACAAUGGCAGCAGUCCGCGACCCCAGGCAGCAGCAGCAGCAACAGCAAUAUCAGCGGCUAGUAAGCCGACACCUUCCAGAGGCACCACCAGCGGAACGCUCGGGCAUGGCACGGACGCUAGCAACGGUACGCCGGGAAUGGUCGCAUCCGCACCGAAGAAGCUCAACAUACCGGAAAGCAUGAACAAGGGCUUCAUGGCGAGCUAUCUGAAGUUCCUACAGGGCGAACGGGAAGGUUCUCCGCCGCCGGUGAUGCGGUCUGGUCGUAAGACGAGCUGGUCCAAACCAACCGUCACCACACCACCGUCCGGAGGAGCCUCGAACAGCAAAGGCACGCCGGUAGCGAACGCAGCUACUCCGAGCGCCGCCGGCCCGAAGGGAGCAACUUCACAGUACAAUACCACCCAGACGGACGCGUCGCCAGCCGGGGCGACGGGCAAAUCGCACGACGUUAGUAACGGUAUCCCGGCGCUAGAGAGUGAGAACCAAUCCGCUAAUUACAGUAUUCCCGCUCUGCAGACUCCCAAACCGGUGGCGACAUCUCAGCAGCAGCAGCAGACUAACACAAACAGGAAACGAAAGUACAACGCGCCAGUAUCACCCGCCGGAAGCAAUCACGAAGAUCCACUGGUCGUUCCCCAGCGGCGUGAAAUGUCCAACCGACGGGCGAAGUCGAAAGCGGUACAGCUGCAGCAGGAAAUCAUUAUCGGCAGCCAGGGACUGCAGACGCAGCACGGUUCCCGCCAUCACCCUUCGGACGAGAUCGAAGAACCAGCAGAGUUUGCGAACGAUUCCGACUCUGACCCAGCGUGGACACCGGAGGGCAAUAAGGAUGACGAUGAGGAGGAAGGAUCCGGCAGCAAAAGAAAGUCCAAAAAGGGCAAAAACACGUUCGGCCUGGAUCGGUCGGCCAGCAGCAAAACUCAGCAGGCACGUUCGAAUAUCCUUUCAGUUGCGGCCGCAGGUGCUGGAAUAGCCGAUUUCGAUUACGGCAGUGAGGAGGAUGCCACCAGUGCGAACAACGGUGGCGGUAGUUCAUCUAUAGGAAAUACAUUUACACCUAAUACAAUGAUCGGAAUGCAACAGCAACAGAACUCAAACACUGCAACUACGCCACAAGCACAGCUGCAUCAAACGCCCCUAAUGCAUGCUCAGACAAUGCCCCAGCAGCAACAGCCUAUGGUGAUGUACGGUCAGCAGCAACAACCGACCGCCCAGCAGUACAAUAUGCAGCCCCAACAACAACAGCUAACGUACAACACGACAAACACAUCGGCGGCUGUCAGCAUUCAGGCAAACAAUGAUUCCAAUUUUCAGUUGGGUGAGUUUGUAGCGGAACGGACGGAUCUGGCGCAGGAUUGGCCGCCGAUAUGGCGCGUUGAUGACAAAAUGUUGCUCCAGAAGUACGAACCGUUUGACGAUCAGAGCGGAAAGGUUCUUUACCGACACGUUACGACGUAUUCGGCAUGGAACGAAGAGUCGAAAAAGAAAUACGUCCGUGUUCCGGUUCGCUUUCGCGUGCACAACCAGAUGGACUCGAUCGUGGAGUUGUUGCGCAAUGAAAUUACCACAGCCAGUGGCAACAACACGCUCCGAGACGAUGGCAUGGCGACGACCAACCAGAACCAGCUGAUGGAGAAGUUCAUGGAAGACACCAAGAUGUACCAGGAUGUGUUCGAGGUGUACAUACAGACGCUGAUAUCGCAAGCGCUGGAUCCGAACUUUUUGAAGGAGAUUUUCCAGGAACAAGAUCAAUACUUCCUGUCGCGGGUAAAGACGAUCGAAAGCAUCACCGAGGAUCGCAAACGGCGGCUCGUCCAGAUCACGCCCUGGCCGCGCAACAUACUCAACUCACUGGCCACCUUCCCGGCGUACGACAUCAUGAACGAUCUCGGCCCAUCGACGAUGGUGCCGCUGCACCACCAGCACUGUGUCGCCUGCCAUCAGCCCGGCUUUGCCGCCCGGAUCGCGCUGCAGGGCAGCACCUACAACAGUGCCACGCUGGCAACGACGACGGCGGCGCCCAACGACCAGCAGUACGACAAACACUUCCAGCUGUGCCGCCGCUGUGCGACGCGGUUCGAGCUGCUGCACAAGAUCUGCCACCAGAAGUACAUGAUGUUUGUCGAGUGUGCCAAGCGCGUCAACCAGCAGAUUGUGAACGAGUCCAACCGGCCGGCCACGGUCGUGCUGAACGAGCUGCUCGCCGACGAACACUGGCUGUCGAUGCUUUUCAAAGAGGUGCGCACCAUCUGGGCGGAAAUAGAGCUGCUGGAGCGACAGCAACGCCUGCAAACGGCUGGCUCUCAGUAGAGGCCUGUGAGAUGCUUCACUACUUCUAGGGCGGCACUGCCAAUCUGUUUUGGCCCUUCAGUCGGCCUCUCGGAGUAGAGCAUUACUUCAUUUUUACUUCUUUUUUGGACGGGUAAAACGUGCACACGUUCGUUCCAUUCGUUUUCCGUUUAUUAGCUAAGUUUACUUGUGGAUCGUUUUGUUUCGUUACUCCCUUUAACCGUCGUUAUAAUCUUUGUUCGUUGUUUUCCGGGGCCCCUUUAUCAUGUGGAACGUACACCUCUAUUAUAGGGCACUUUGUCUCGUAGGUUGCAUUUCGAAUAGGAGAGGCGUUCCCAAUGUACAUUCUCGAUGUGUGGAGCGAGUGUAAAGCGUGCUGUACGGGACAAACAUUAACUACACACGUAAAUAACAUAUAACUUAAGAAAACACGGAAAUAAAUCGUACAAGCUUCCCAAAUGAA